AUGCAUCAGCUAAAUACUUUAUUUUCGAAUUUUCCUAAUUUGAUUGAAUUAUCAUUAUAUUGUACGUUUUAUUCCAAUUAUGAAAAAUGUUUAUUCGAUGGUUUGCAAUGGGAAAAAUUCAUAUUAAGGUAUUUACCAAAAUUAAAAAUAUGCAAGUUAUGGUUUAGAAUUAAUGUGAUGAAAUUAUCCGAAAUCGACAAUAUAAAUGAAUUAAUAAUAAAUUUUGAACAAACAACAAACAUUUGGAAACAACGAAAAUGGAUUGUUAAAUGUGAAAAACUAAAGGAUGAAUUACAUUUAGUUGUUACUAUACCAGAACAAACAGAACAGCAGUUGCAAGUGGAUAUUACAAAACGAGGGGCGUUUUGUAAUGAUACAUAUUUUUGA